CUACUCUGGCGGGUUUUUGAAUGGGUUGGUUUUGAGCUUUGGUUGGUAUAUCAUAUUGAACCUUCCACACAGUAUAUUGGCAACCCAUUGUGCAGAAGUGUUUGACAGUGUGGUUGAGAAAAAUUAAUCAGUCUGUGCUAAUUCUAUCACGAUACUAGACAUCAAUACUUUUCUUAGAUUACUAGACAUCAAGGAUAGGAUUUAAUGUAAAAAGGACAGAGCAAAAAGAACAAAGCUUGAAAGGUGGAUAACUAGGAGUCGACUGGGACCCAAGUCGGUCACUUUGCUUGUCCUUACGAGUUCAUUUAUUUCAAGAAGGCGACUGCUAUAACAGCCGAUAUAAAUAAACAUGAACAAACGCGUAAUAUUAAAGCUGAGUAUGAUGUUUACCUGCAAAGGACGUGUUAAUGUGCUUGUGGAGUUGUUGGUACAUUCGCUUCUGAGUAGUUCUACUAAAUGCUUGUGUAAUUUACAGAUAUAGAUACAUAUAUAUGCUUAUAUGCAUUUGUUGUAUCUGAUGACUUGUCUUGGCAAUUAGUUCGCGGUUUAUAAUGGUUGAUAGCUUAGCUUCAGCUGGAAAAUGUUAAGCUCCUGAAUCUGUUUUGUAUUUAUCUAACUUGGGAUGCCGGGUAACCUUGGGAACUUUGAGGUGAUAGAGCUGUCAAUGUUGAAGAAACAUAUGUUUUUUCCUCUUUCUGGUUUGGGGAAUUUUACUGCUCAGACUUUAUUAUAUCCAUUCGUCUUGCUUCGUACAAGACUCCAACUUCAGGAAGGUGCCCAGGUUUAUCGUGGUCUUGUACAUGCAAUUUCUUCUGUUGUCAAAGAAGAGGGUUUUCGAGGAUUGUAUAGUGGCUACUUGGUCCGAUCAUUUCACAUAUUCUCAGGUACUAUCUACGUUUCCACAUAUGAAGUAGCCAGACAAGCAUGUACAGUCUUUCCAGCACUAAGUCCUGUUCAUCGAUCUUUUGUUGGUGGUGCAGUGGCUUCAUGUAUUGCUCAAGGUUUUUUCGUUCCGAUUGAUGUUGUGUCUCAACACUUAAUGGUUGUGAAUUGUAAUCGUGUUCAUGCAAAUAUGGUCAACAAAAAUUCAAAUCUAUCAUUUAACCCACACCGUUUCCGUCCAUUAACUCCGGUUCAUUUAACACAAAAUGAAAUGAAUUCCAAUUGGGGUCGUCUUUGUGGCGUAAUUCGUUAUAUUAAACAGACUCACGGGUUAAAAGGUUUCUACAAAGGUUGUUUAAUAUCUAUGUGCACUUUUGUACCUAGUUCGGCAUUGUGGUGGUCAUUUUAUGAUAAAUUUUGUAAUCUGAUCCAUUUUAUUUCAAAGAAAAUAUGUAAGGAACAUGUUCAAGACUCGGUAUUGUUGCCAUCAGAGGAUGAUUCUGCUCCAGUUCCAAGAUUAUUGAUUCAAUUGAUUUCGGCUCCUCUAGCUGGAAUUUCAUCUGCUAUUAUUGUUAAUCCUCUUGAUGUUGUUCGUGUACGAAUGCAGGUUUCACAUAUACCAUUCAAACAAAGUGUUAUUCAUUUAUGGCAAUUUGAAGGAAUACGUUGGUUUUCCAAAGGUUUAUCCGCUCGUCUUAUCCAAACAACAUUUCAUUCAUUUUGGGUUGUUUUAGUUUAUGAACCUAUGAAGUUAUUUUGUUUAAAAGAUGAUUAUCGGAAUAAAUUUUCUAAUGUAUAGAUAGAUGAAAAGAAAAUUAUUGCGUCUUUUUAUUUUUUCUUUAAUGAUUUAUUUAUUUAUUUGAUUGUGUAUCAAUCUAGCAUUAUGACUAUCACCACCACUACUGACUACUACUGCUACUACUAUCAACACAUUGAAUUUCUAGAAAUUUCUCCGAAUUGUAUAUAUUUUUCGAUAAAUCUAUUUUGAUUGUGAUAUAUACGUAUGUAGUUGAUAAGUAUGUUAUUCAUCACCUUUCAUAGUUUUGUCUACUAGACCAUGACAACUAUAUUAUUUAUGUUAGAUGCUAAUAAUAAGCUGUUAAAUUUCCAUAGAAUCCUAUUCAGUAUGUACAAUAAAGUUAACUUGCACC